AUGGAGGAGACGUUCAAACAAGAUCUGGCAAAAACGCAGGAGACAUUCAAACAAGAGCUGCAGACCAUGAAGACAAAUGCGUCAAAAAUGGAGCAAGAGCUGCAGAUUAUGAAGAAAAAAGCAGAAAAUACAGAGAAGAUGAAUGCAGUGUACGGCUUUGGCACCCCAUUGAAUGGAUUGUCUGUCGGCUGCUCAACUUUGAUGAACACCAGUCUAUGA